AUGGACGAAAAAGACAUCGAGCGCGGCCAACCGGCCGAGGAAAGCCGCCCGGAAGUGCACCGUCCAGUGAGCGGCGGUGGCUCAACAACCGAGGCAGACGAGAAACCAGCAGUGCAACGACCGAAGAAGACCAGCGAGGACGACGAUGCUUCCGACCACGGCGAGCCCGAUAUUGAUCACGACGAAAUCGAAGAAACGGUCCCUGGUCACGAACUUGACGUACAACUCAGUCGGGUGCACGACAUCGAAAGCCUACGACGAAUUGAAACCCGAGAGAGCAUAAAGAGCAAAGUCUCGAGGGUGCUUACCGCCGUCAGCCGCAGAAGUCCAAAUGUCGGCCCUCUCAUAGGAGGCUUCAUCGCUGAGACAAUCGGCUGGCGUUGGGACUUCUGGAUCGUCCUCAUUGUUGCAGUCAUUGUCACAGCUCUCAUCGAGUUCCUCAACAAGGAAACUAGCCAUCGAGUCUUGAUUGAGCGAAAGGUUGCUCGCCUUUCUAAGGAGCUAGGUCGCGAUGAUCUGAAAAGCUGCUACGGCUCCGCACAGCACCAGAGCAAGUCUCGCAUCCUGCUCAACGGCCUCGUCCGACCAACGAAGAUGCUGUUCCUCUCACCUCUCGUCUUCUUCCUAUCACUAUACAUCGCAUUCGUAUACGGCGUCCUAUAUCUCCUAUUCACGACCAUCCCUGUUGUGUUCGAAACAACAUAUGGCUUCAAUGUCGGUCUUACUGGGCUAGUGUACCUCGCUUUAGGUGUAGGGAAUCUCGGUGGCUGGGCUGUCGUCACUUUCCUCUCUGAUAAGUCAGUCAUCCGUCUUGCCAAAGCAAACGACGGCAAGUUCGAGCCGGAAAUGAGACUUGCAAUCUCGAUCUUUUUUGGCUUCUUUCUACCCAUCACGUUCUUCUGGUACGGAUGGUGCACACACUACCAUGUUCACUGGGCAUCCGCUGUCAUAUCACUGAUCCCGUAUGGCUUUGGCAUUGUGGGUAUUUUCCUGCCCAUUACGACGUACCUCGUGGACUGCUACCCAAUGUACGCCGCUUCAGCGAUAGCAGCAAACACAGUGCUCCGCAGUCUCGUCGGCGCUCUUCUUCCACUUGCCGGAUCAUCCAUGUACGCCAGCUUGGGGCUUGGAUGGGGAAACUCCUUGCUGGGAUUCAUCUGCGUCGCCAUGAUUCCGUUGCCGAUCGUCUUCUACAGGUACGGUGCACGGUUGCGCAAGGCGCAACACUUCAAAUUAUAG